UUUACCCGCUGAUAACAGCCAGAGGUUGCACAGUGCGUCACUAAAUCGAUUCCGCCGGGGACUCUGAUUACCCGGUCGCCGGAGUUAUCGUUCCCGAUCAAACAUUCACGUCUUCGAGACUGACGAAGAGCUGGGUAAUAACAGCGCUGGUCGUGUGAUGGGGUUUUGUAUUUCUCCAUUGGGAACACCGGCUAGGUUACUGUGGAGCACCAGCUUCUUCCGCCACAAGCUCAUGAUUUUCUAAUUUUCAGCCUAAUCGCUGAAAUAAACCAAAUUUCAUAUAAAUCGUUUCGCGUUUUAAUAAAGAUCUCCCUCGAUUUCGUGUCCCUCUGGCCAAUCCUCCGCCGGCGUGAAUCGCUGGCGAUCUCUCCUGCUCACGAUUCCUGUUUCAGAUAGAAGAGAAUAAUUGAUGAUGUCGGACGGUUUGAUCUUCAAUCAGUCUCCAGUUCAGGGCAACCUGCUGUUUUUCGGGAGUGAAGAUUCCAUUCUUCGAGGACCAAGGUUCACGAUGGGGAUGGAUGAAACCUCAAAGAGGCGGUCCUUUUUCAGCUCUCCGGAUGAGCUGUUCGACGACGACUACUACGAUGACCAGCCGCCUGAGAAGAAGCGCCGUCUAACUCAAGAGCAGGUGAAUCUGCUAGAGAAUAGUUUCGAGGCAGAAAACAAACUGGAGCCAGAGCGCAAGACUGAGCUGGCCAAGAGGCUGGGUUUGCAGCCGAGGCAAGUGGCUGUGUGGUUUCAAAACCGCCGAGCCCGAUGGAAGACGAAGCAGCUUGAAAGGGACUAUGAUCUUCUUAAAUUAUCAUAUGGUUCCUUUCGUUCUAACUUCGACUUUAUUGUCAAGGAGAAUGAAAGGCUCAAGGCAGAGGUAGCUUCUUUAACUGAGAAACUUCAAGCUAAAGAAGUGGUUGAAUCCUCAUUUCAAGCUAAGAAACCUGAGCCAAUUCUGGAAGAUCAACUCCUUGUUCCUGUUGUGCAACAUAGCAUGAAGAUUGAGGACCACCAUAGUUGCAGGAGCAAUGGAAGUGCCGUGCUGGACGAGGACGGUCCUCAGCUCUUAGACAGUGGGGACUCGUACCUCCUGAGAAAUGACUAUGAUGGCUGUGUUUUGCCCGUUUUUGGAGCGAACUCAGAGGAGGAGGAUGGGAGCGACGAUGGUCAGGGUUACUUCUCGGAUGUUUAUACAGCAGCCGAUCUGCAAACUCACGAAGUAGAGCCUCUGACCUGGUGGGACUGGACGUCGUAACGGGUGUUUUCGAAUCAUCUCGAUAUUAAGCAGGGUGGAACUAUAAUAUAAGGUUUACUGUAUGAUAUUAUACAGAUGAAAUAAUCUAGUGUGAACAUUAUUUAGUUUGGAAUGAAUGCAUGUGUAUUAAUUAAAAUCUAGGUAUUGUGCCUUUACAUUGUUGUUCUUCUGUGCUUAACAAAGUUGGGAACCUCUAGGACUGGCCAAGUUGUGAGAAUAAUUUUAUUUUGAAAAGUAAAUUUUAGUAUA